AUGCAGUCCCUCACUGCUGCCAGGACUGGCCUCCGCCCCCAGAACCUCCUCAGGAUUGCGGGGCAGAGGCAACACCGUCGGGGUGUGGCCAACCUUGCUACCUUCAAGACGCCCAAGGUCUUCAAUGAGCCCAACCACCACUAUGCGAAGGGCAGCCAGCAGAGGGAGGGUCUCGACGCGGCGAUUGAAAAGUACAAGAAGCUCCUCCCCCUCGAGGUGCCGAUCGUGGUAGGCGGCGAGCAGAUUAGGACGUCUGCCUUGUCGACGCAGAAGAACCCCUCGGAUCACGCGUCGACCGUGGCCUCGUACCACACCGCCACGCCCGAGGAUGUGAACCGGGCCAUCGACGCUGCCCUGGCCGCACGCGAGUCGUGGGCGUCGCUGCCGUUUGCCGACCGCGCCGCCAUCUUCCUCAAGGCCGCCGACCUGAUCUCGACCAAGUACCGGUACGACAUCAUGGCCGCGACGAUCCUGGGCCAGGGCAAGAACGCGUGGCAGGCCGAGAUCGACGCCGCCGCCGAGACGAUCGACUUCCUCCGCUUCAGCGUGGCCUUUGCCGAGGAGCUGUACGCGCAGCAGCCGGCGCAGAACUCACCCACGCUGUGGAACCGCCUCGAGUACCGCCCGCUCGAGGGCUUCGUCUACGCCGUCAGCCCCUUCAACUUCACCGCCAUCGCGGGCAACCUGACGGCGGCCCCGGCCCUGAUGGGCAACGUCGUCGUCUGGAAGCCCAGCGACUCGGCCGUUGCGUCCAACUGGCUGCUGUACCAGAUCCUGCUCGAGGCCGGCCUCCCCAAGGACGUCAUCCAGUUCGUGCCCGGCAACCCGGUCGAGGUCACCAGGGAGGUGCUCGCCCACCGCGAGUUCGCGGCCCUGCACUACACGGGCAGCACGGCCGUCUUCCGCAAGCUGUACGGCGCCAUCGGCGAGGGCGUGGCCGAGGGCCGGUACCGCUCGUACCCGCGCAUCGUCGGCGAGACGGGCGGCAAGAACUUCCACCUCGUCCACCCCUCGGCCGACCUGGACAACGCCGCCGUCCAGACGGUCCGCGGCGCCUUUGAGUACCAGGGCCAGAAGUGCAGCGCCACCUCGCGCCUGUACGUCGCCAGGUCGGUCUGGCCCGCCUUCAAGGAGAAGCUGGCGGCCGAGACCGAGGCUCUGUCGCAGGGCGACCCCUGGGACCACGCCAACUUCUCGGGACCCGUCAUCCACGAGGCCUCCUUCGCCAAGCUGAGCGGCGCCAUCGACGCCGCCAAGUCCGACCCGGAGCUCACCCUCGUGGCCGGCGGCUCCUACGACAGGUCCAGGGGCUACUUCGUCCGCCCCACCAUCUACGAGACCUCCAACCCCGCCCACCCCUACCUUUCCACCGAGUUCUUCGGCCCCAUCAUCACCGCCUACGUCUACGACGACGCCGCCCCCAACGCCUUCGAGGACGCCUGCGACCUCAUCGACCGGACCUCCGAGUACGGCCUCACCGGCGCCGUCUUCGCCCAGGACCGCUUCGCCCUGCGCACCGCGGAGGAGCGACUCCGCAACGCCGCCGGCAACUUCUACCUCAACUGCAAGAGCACCGGCGCCGUCGUCGGCCAGCAGGCCUUUGGCGGUGCCCGUGCCAGCGGAACAGACGACAAGGCCGGCAGCAUCAACAUCCUCACCCGCUUCGUCAACAUCCGUGCCAUCAAGGAGGAGUUUCUGCCCACCACCAAGGUUACCUACCCUAGCAACGAGGUCUAA